AUGCCUUCUUCACCCGACUACCUCCAUCCCUUGCGAACAGACGACCCUGAUGACUUCUCUGGAUCCGAUGACGACUUGGACCUCGAGGAGCUGGACCCCAACACCGCGCCACCACAAACUACUCGAAUUUCCCGAGACUACGCGAAUCGCUCACGAAAUUAUGGACCAGGAAUAGCUUUGAGGAAUUUGCGAGUGGGCGUGGGUAAUCGUUGGCGCCGAAGCGUAUCGGGUCAUGAGGACCCGGAUGAAGACACGGCUGGGUUAUUGGACGAACGGGGUGAGGAUGGAAUCCGCCAGUCAAACGGAAGUUCGCGAAACAUGACAGAUCCUGAUGUACCGCUGCUGGAUCGGCGGGGCUCAAUCCGCAUGUUCAAUGACGAAGAGCAGUCGAAAAGGAGCCGUUCAUGGCUGCCUAGUUUCAAAGGACUAGGAUUCCUCCAGAGCAUAUCGAAUCGGCUUGCAGGGAAUGAAACAGACAACGAAAAUGUGCCUCCCCGAGGGGUUCUAGUCGGCCAACAUCAGUCCAUCAAAUACCCGCCUAACAUUGUCUCCAACGCCAAAUACACACCAUGGAGCUUUCUGCCGCGAACGCUCUAUAACGAAUUCUCCUUUUUCUUCAACAUAUAUUUUCUUCUCGUGGCGCUCUCGCAGGUUCUUCCCAUGCUUCGCAUCGGCUACAUGUCUUCAUAUAUCGCACCUCUAGCCUUUGUGGUUUCCAUAUCACUAGGAAAGGAGGCUCUGGACGAUAUCGGGCGACGUCGGCGAGAUGCUGAAGCAAAUGCAGAGGAGUUCACCGUUGUGUCCCUUGAAAGAAAUGCCAUGGAUAUAAUCAAGAAGUCGCGAGAUCUCAAAGUUGGGGAUGUUCUUAAAGUUCGGAAAAACCAACGUCUGCCUGCGGACGUUGUGAUCCUCAAGAGCAUUUCGAAUGACUCAGGCCCAUCUCGCCAGCAUUCGAUAGAAGAACCCGCAUCUGGAGCAUCCGCCGAUCUACUUGGCGGUUCGACCCAGGAGCCCUUGGGGCUGACUGCUGAUACCACAUCUGACCCAGAAGACAUUUCAUCUGCCAGUGACACGUUCAUUCGAACUGACCAGCUGGACGGCGAAACUGAUUGGAAAUUGCGUGUUCCUUCCGCAUUGUCUCAAUCGCUCUCCUUAAAUGACUUCACUCGACUCAAGAUCACUGCGAGUCCUCCAGAUCAAAGAGUCAAUGAGUUUGUGGGUACUAUUGAACUUGGUCCUCCAAGCGGCUUUUAUGACGCUCACGUUGAUAAAUCAUCCACUCAAUUGCAAAAUGAUUCAUCUCAGGAUGAUCAUGACCGAAAUUCCAACUCAGCGCCCUUAUCUAUCGACAAUACUGCAUGGGCUAACACUGUUCUUGCAUCCAACACCGUCACAUAUGCUGCUAUCAUCUACACUGGAUCCCAAACUCGGGCUGCUCUUUCGACCUCGCCUUCGCGGUCCAAAGUUGGCCUUUUGGAGUAUGAAAUCAACAACCUCACUAAAAUUUUGUGCAUUCUUACUCUUGCUCUCUCCAUUGUCUUGGUAGCACUGGAAGGGUUUGAGCCAACGAAUGACAAGGUUUGGUAUGUUGCUAUCAUGAUAUAUCUGAUCCUUUUCUCAACCAUUAUUCCGAUGAGUCUUCGUGUCAACUUAGACAUGGCCAAGUCUGUCUAUGGUCGAUUCAUAGAGCGCGACAAGGAUAUCCCUGGCACUGUUGUUCGGACCAGCACCAUCCCGGAGGAUUUAGGAAGAAUCGAAUACCUACUCUCUGACAAGACUGGUACUUUGACCCAAAAUGAAAUGGAAUUGAAGAAGAUUCACGUCGGUACUGUCUCUUAUGCUAGUGAAGCGAUGGAUGAAGUCGCCUCUUUUAUCCGCCAAGGCUUUGCUGGCAACGCUUUGACGACCCCCUCAACCGUGUUUGGAACACAACCUGGUCAUGGAGCUGCACCGCGGACACGGCGAGAAAUUGGUUCUCGGGUCCGUGACAUCGUUUUGGCACUUGCUCUAUGUCACAAUGUCACACCGACCACUGAGGAUGAGGAUGGCCAAAAGGUCACCAACUACCAAGCAUCGUCACCAGAUGAAAUUGCCAUUGUCCAGUAUACUGAAGAGGUUGGACUGAAGCUGUCUUAUCGUGACCGACAAAAUGUUGUUCUCGAAUCUACUGACUCUAAGCGAGUGGUUGUUCGCGUGCGUAUCAUGGAUAUAUUCCCUUUUACAUCCGAUAGCAAACGAAUGGGCAUCAUUGUGCAGUUCCAACAGGAUGAAAACACGUCUGAAGGAGGAGGCAAAUCCGAACCCGAGAUAUGGUUUUAUCAGAAGGGUGCAGAUACUGUCAUGUCAUCAAUUGUUGCGACAAAUGAUUGGCUUGACGAAGAAACCGCAAAUAUGGCUCGCGAAGGUUUACGGACUCUUGUCAUUGGACGUAAACGUCUUUCUCUUCAACAGUACCAAGAAUUCUCCGCCAAGUAUAAGCAGGCAUCUUUGUCUCUUCAAAAUCGUGAUGCUGGUCUCACCAAGGUUGUUAGUGAAUACCUGGAACGGGACCUGGAACUCCUCGGUGUGACUGGUGUCGAGGAUCGCUUGCAACGUGACGUCAAGUCUUCUUUGGAAUUGAUGCGUAAUGCAGGUAUCAAAAUCUGGAUGUUAACUGGUGAUAAAGUCGAGACGGCACGAUGUGUUGCUAUCUCUGCUAAGUUGGUCUCUCGGGGUCAAUAUAUCCACACUGUUUCUAAAGUGACCGAUAAAUCUGCCGCCCAGGAAGCACUUGAUUUCUUACGCAACAAGCCCGACUGUUGUCUGUUGAUCGAUGGUGAAUCCUUGAGUUUAAUGCUCGGUUCAUUCCGGACUGCGUUUAUUUCCGUCGCUGUUCUCCUUCCUGCAGUCAUCGCAUGCCGAUGCUCACCGACACAAAAGGCUGAGGUCGCGAAUCUGAUCCGUCAACACACCAAGAAACGGGUUUGCUGUAUUGGGGACGGUGGUAAUGAUGUAUCCAUGAUCCAAGCCGCCGAUGUUGGAAUUGGUAUCGUGGGUAAAGAGGGUCGCCAGGCCUCUUUGGCUGCUGAUUUCAGUAUUACUCAGUUCCACCACCUGACCAAACUGCUAGUUUGGCAUGGCCGCAAUUCUUACAAGCGGUCCGCCAAAUUAGCACAAUUCAUCAUGCAUCGCGGGUUGAUCAUCAGUGUGUGCCAGACCAUGUACAGCAUUGCUAGCCAUUUCGAUCCAAAGGGUCUCUUCAUCAAUUGGCUGAUGAUCGGUUACGCAACUGUCUAUACAAGUGCACCUAUCUUCUCGUUGGUUUUCGACCGCGAUGUGGAUGAGCGACUGGCAAACCUCUACCCGGAAUUGUACAAGGAGCUGAAGACUGGCAAGAGCUUGAGCUACCGUUCGUUCUUCACUUGGGUUCUUAUCUCAGUCUAUCAGGGAGCAGUCAUUCAAGGCUUGUCCCAGGUUCUCCUGGAUACAAUCUCAGGCCCUCGUCUGAUUAGUGUUUCCUUUACGGCCUUGGUACUCAACGAACUGGGCAUGGCUGCCAUUGCCAUCACGACUUGGCACCCGCUUAUGAUAUUCUCAUUAAUAGGUACACUACUUCUGUAUGCCGGCAGUGUUCCUUUCCUUGGCGAAUACUUCAACCUCAGCUAUGUGAUUACCCUCGACUGGCUGUGGCGUGUCGUGGCUGUGCUCGCCGUUUCGCUUGUUCCUGUUUGGGCUGGCAAACUGAUCAAGCAGUCUGUCAAGCCCCCUAGCUACCGAAAGGUCCGUGGCUGA